GAAGCCCCGGUUGAAUUCGGGACACGGAUGUCGUGCGAACGAAGAAAGCCACGCCGGGGAAGAAAUCGCCGCGAUAUAGACGGGCGGCAGCUUUGACUUCAACGUCGCUGGGUCCCUUCUGGAGUUUAGCAAAGUAGGUAGAAAUGGCAUCGGGGCACCUCAAGGGUUCCGCCCGGCGCUGUGGAAGGUGGAAGAGCCGGGCCCGCUUCCCACGAGGCCCGCCUGGGCUCCCGGGGUUUUCGCGGAGGGCGGCCGGGGCGAAGAAACAAGCAGGCUGCGGAGCCAGGCAUCAUCUCCGGCGCAGCCUGACGGCCGGGAGCCGAAGGCGGCGGGGCGGAUCUCCGCUCGGCGCGCCCGUCUGCGGCGCACAGGUGGGGCGCCGCUUUUUCCCCAAACCCGGCCGCGGGAGCGCGCCUCGCCCCUGGCCCGCAAGGCAGCCGGCGGAAGGGAGGAGCUGGGGCGCGUCCCCGGCCGGCAAAGAUGGCGCGCCCCGCCGCGGGAACGUGCAACCCCAGCCGGCUCUUCCCCCGUGCCAGCCAAUGGCGGCGAGCACGUUGGGCAGAAGGGAGGCGCGGCCGGGCGGCCCCGAGCCCCGGGCUCCGUCCCCAGCGCGCGCCUGGAGCGGGAAGGCGGGGGAGCGCCCUGCGUGCAGGCGAGGGGGCCGUCAUUGCUCGCCAGCCGCCGGCGCCAUGGCCACCCUCAGUGAAAAUGUCCUCUUUGGAAUGGGAAACCCUCUCCUCGACAUCUGUGCUGUGGUGGACAAGGAUUUCCUUGACAAAUACGGGUUGAAACCAAAUGACCAGAUCUUGGCAGAGGAGAAACAUAAAGAGCUAUUUGAAGAACUUGUGAAAAAAUUCAAGGUAGAAUAUCACGCUGGUGGGUCUACGCAGAAUUCCGUUAAAGUGGCGCAGUGGAUGAUCCAGUUCCCCUACAAAGCCGCAACCUUUUUUGGCUGCAUUGGAACUGAUAAAUUUGGUGAGAUCCUCAAAAGAAAAACGGAAGAAGCCCAUGUCGAUGCUCACUACUAUGAACAAAGCGAAGAACCGACGGGAACCUGCGCUGCCUGCAUCACCAGUGAUAACAGGUCUCUGAUUGCUAACUUGGCUGCUGCUAAUUGCUAUAAGAAGGAAAAACAUCUUGAUAUGGAGAAGAACUGGAAACUGGUGGAAAAAGCUAAAGUUUAUUAUAUUGCAGGUUUCUUCUUGACAGUGUCACCAGAAUCCAUAAUAAAAGUCGCAACUCAAGCUUCUGCAAACAACAAGAUCUUCAGUUUAAAUCUUUCUGCACCCUUCAUUAGCCAGUUCUACAAGGACCAACUGAUGGAAGUCAUGCCUUAUGUUGACAUCCUGUUUGGGAAUGAAACGGAAGCUGCCUCUUUUGCUCGAGAGCAAGGCUUUGAGACUGAGGACAUUGAAGAGAUUGCCCGAAAGACUCAGGCGCUGAAAAAAGCAAAUCUGAAAAGACAGCGGGUCGUGGUGUUUACCCAAGGGAAGGAUGACACUAUCAUGGCCACAGAAAAUGAAGUAAGAACUUUCCCAGUCUUAAUUAGUGACCAGAGUGAGAUAAUUGACACUAAUGGAGCCGGAGAUGCCUUUGUAGGUGGCUUCCUGUCUCAGUUGGUCUACGAGCGGCCGUUGACAGAGUGUAUCCGGGGCGGGCACUACGCUGCCAGUGUGAUCAUCAAGCGUUCUGGUUGCACCUUCCCGGAGAAACCUGACUUCAAAUGAUACUGACAAGCUGAGGGCUCAACAGGAAAUGCUGCCUACUUCCUGUCCCCCCCGUGACCCUGCACUGACGUUUCUGUACUUCUGUUCAUUUGGACCUUGGACACUUCUCUUGGAAGCCCUUCUGCCCCCAUCAUCAUCAUCGUCAUUUCAGACUGCAAGAUCAUCCAGGGUGCAGUUUCUGGUGCCCUGUACAUCUCUCUCUCUCACACACACACAGAGUUCUCAAGGGAAUGCCAAAAUCCUUCUGGUACCCUGAAGUUUGGUCGACGCUACUCGCCUUGGCUCAAAGAGAAUUCAAUUGGGAAAUAAGUAGACUAACGGUACAAGCCUAAGGGUUGGGCCUUGAUCCCUGAUGUGGUUUACUUACCUUCCCAGCUGAAUCCUGGUUCUCUUGCAGUAAUGAGGAAUACAAUCAUGAUUUCCGGGGUGACCCAAGAUUGUAUGAUCUGGGGUAGGAAAUUGGGUACGGAUUCCUCAGAUGAGAGGUAGGACUUUCAUUCUUCAUGUUAACUUGGAUUUUGGCUCAGGAAUCUCAUUUUCCUAGAACAGGAUCUGGAUGUUAUGAUAAGUAAAGCCCAUAAUAGAUAUGGGCCACUUACGAACUCAUGGCUGCAUCUCAAAAAAUAUAAACGUAUUAUGUGUAAACAGAGUACAGAAAAUUCAUGCAGGUUGUUUCUUUGGGACAUGCCAAAAUGUUUUAUUUCAACGCACAGUUUUAAGACAAUAAGGUACGUCAAAUAAUGGAAAGAUCUUUAUUUGUAUUACAGUAUUCAAGAAACGCAUUCUCCAAAGUAAUUUACUAUGUAAUUUGAUACUGAUAAAUAAAGGAAUUGUUAUA